AUGGCGGCCCCGACGUUUACUGCGAGGUUAUACUCCCUGUUGUUCCGCAGGACCUCCACUUUCGCCCUCACCAUCGCCGUGGGCGCUUUGUUCUUCGAGCGCGCCUUCGACCAAGGCGCGGACGCGAUCUACGAACACAUCAACGAGGGGAAGCUGUGGAAACACAUCAAGCACAAGUAUGAGAAUAAGUAGUUCCCCGGAGACCCCUACCCAAGCCAAAAGGACCAGGUCCAUCCACCAGCUGUUUGCCCAGAACCAGGGCCUCAGCUUGAAGAUGAUGCUCAGAUUAUCUUCACCGACCACCUUUAGCUGUUGGCAAGAAGUGGCUUCACCUGACAGACUCUUUAACUUCUGCUGUGUUUGAAGUAUGUUUAAUCAGUCAUCAGCAAAUAAAUGUAAAUUGUCCUUGA